UGUGUUUGUGCCUUCGUCACCUCGUUUGGCUUUUAAAUUAUUCAAAAUUGUUAUGUUUGUUGUUGUUAGCUGAGUUAUAGCAUCUCCAAAAUUGGAAAAAAGCUACUGCCGCUGAACGAGACGUCACCGCACACAGGACGAGCGUGAGCGCUGUAAAAACAUAAGCUGCAGUUACCAUCGUUGCUGUUUUUGCUACUGCUGCCGGUGCUUGAGUGUGUGUGCGUGUGUGUUGCGUGUGAGCGCCGUCAUCAGUGGGAGCUAUUGAUAAAAGGUGCAACCUCGGACCACUUGACCGCCACGAUGGAUUCAGAAAACGACGUUUACGAUGACAUGAAUCUGUACAUAACGCAGGAGAGCUUCAUUGUCGAACCGAAUGGUCAGAGCGAGCUAUUGAUUAUUGGCCGACUCGACAAGGUGACGCGGGUGCAGGCCAAGACCACACAGCUGACGAAUCUACGUCCGACACGACGCAUAUGCGGCAUUCUCGGCUCCAUACACCUCCUCAGCUGUGACUAUCUGCUGGUGGCCACCCACCGCAUCUUUGUGGGCGUCAUUAACAAUACCAUCGUGUGGCGUCUGGCCGGCUAUGAUAUUAUACCCUACAUUCCCAAUGCCAUUCAACGCUCGGAAAAUGAGGAAUACUUGAGUAUGCUGCGCAAGACUCUGGACACCAAAUUCUAUUAUUUCUCCUACCGUUAUGAUCUGACGCAAACGCUGCAACGUCAGCGGGAACUCAGCGCAAAGUCUCGAGGACUUGGUCUGCUGCAGCGUGCUGAUAAGCGCUUUGUUUGGAAUAACUACGUGCUGCAGCAGUUUAGGUGCGAGAAAAUGGAACGAUUCCAACUGCCACUGGUGCUGGGAUUUGUGUCGGUCAAUCAGGUGCAAAUCAAUGGACAGACCUUCUUCUGGAGCAUCAUAACUCGCAGAUCUGUGGAGCGCGCGGGCACACGUCUGUUCUGUCGUGGAAGCAACGAUCAAGGUCAUGUGGCGAACUUUGUGGAGACGGAACAGAUUGUCGAGUUCAAUGGACAGUACACAAGCUUUGUCCAAACGCGAGGCAGCAUGCCCUUCCACUGGCACCAGCUGCCCAACUUGCGCUAUAAGCCCAGACCUCGUCUCAUUCCCGGCAAGGAUCAAUUGGCUGCAUGCGCGGCGCAUUUCAAUGCACAGAUCCAAAUCUAUGGACAGCAGGUGGCAGUCAACUUGGUGGAUCAAAAAGGUGCCGAGGGUGAACUGGAGGCGACAUUUGCCCGACUGGUGCGAGAAUUGGGUAACACUUCGGUGCGUUACGAGGCCUUCGAUUUCCAUCACGAGUGCCGGAAGAUGCGUUGGGAUCGACUCAACAUUCUGAUCGAUAGAUUGGCCCACGAACAAGAAGAUUUUGGUUUCUAUCAUGCCUUCGACAAUGGCAACUUGGUGUCCACGCAGACGGGUGUCUUUCGGACCAACUGCAUUGACUGCCUGGACAGAACCAAUGUGGUGCAGAGCAUGCUUGCCCGCCGCUCCUUGACCGCUGUUCUCCAAAAGCUGGGUGUGCUGCAUGUGGGACAACGUGUCGAACAGGCUUCCAAUAACUUUGAGGCGAUAUUUAAAGGCGUUUGGGCGGACAAUGCCGAUCUGGUAUCGCUGCAGUAUUCUGGCACUGGUGCCCUCAAAACGGACUUCACCCGCACCGGGAAACGCACAAAGGCGGGUGCCAUGAAUGACGGCAAGAACUCACUGAUACGCUAUUAUUUGAACAACUUUGCGGAUGGUGUGCGUCAGGAUGGCAUUGACCUGUUCUUGGGCAACUAUGUAAUCAAUGAAAACGAGGGCAGCAUUCUGCCAUCGCCACUGAUGGCUCAACGAGGCUGGCGCUACUAUGCCUUCCCCUCGGUGCUGCUUAUCGCUGUGGCCAUGUUCAUUAUCACCAUGACAUAUCCGGCCGAGUUCAAUACGGAAAAUCUGCUAUUUAUGCUUUUCUGGGGUGCCAUGAUUGCGGUCAGUGCCACCGGCAUUCUGCACUACGGCGUUGAGUUUGUCCAAUGGCCACGGCUUUUUCCGCUCAUAUCCUUUCAGCCCGCCUGACGUUAAUAUCGUUUAGAAGACCGAUGACUGCCCACAUCUGCAUGCACCUACGCUCGCAAACAAAAUGAAAGACAAUGCACGAACAACUAUAAUCAACAAAAUUCCUGUAUACAAUGCUACUACCAAUCGCGUAAAUUGUGUUAAACACAUUUAUUUGUAUCCCCGUCUUUUACCCGCCCAUAACCCACCCCCUUAGCUAAUUAUUGUAUUUCUUAUGCAUAAGUACAAGCAACUUACGCGAGCUUCUUGUAAGGGUGAUGACCGUAAAGAAGGUGAAGUGAUCACUUAAAAUUUCAUAAAAAAAAAGUAGCCCAAAACCAUUUUGUAGAACAAUUUCCGACGUUAUAUAAAAAUAAAGGAUAUUAUGCAUUGCCAGAAAAUAAAACCUAUGAAA